UAUUCAUGCAGUAAAAUGGCAGAAGCCAGAUUUUCUCAGGAUGAGUUCUUGUGUUCAGUGUGUCUGGAUCUCCUGAAGGAUCCAGUGACAACUUCCUGUGGACACAGUUACUGUAAGAUCUGUAUUACAGACUGCUGGGAUCAGGAGGAUCAGAAGAGAGUCUACAGCUGUCCUCAGUGCAGACAGACCUUCAGGCCAAGACCUGCUUUAUCUACAAACACCAUGCUGGCUGAAGUGGUGGAGAAACUGAAGAAGAACAGACUCUCUGCUGACUGUGACGCUGGAGCUGGAGAUGUGCAGUGUGACGUCUGUAGUGGAAGAAAAUACAGAGCUGUCAAGUCCUGUUUGGUGUGUCUGAACUCUUACUGUCAGAAUCACCUCGAACAACAUGAGAGUUGGUUUAAAGGAAAGAGACACAAUUUGACUGAAGCCACUGGACGACUGCAGGAGAUGAUCUGCCAGAAACAUGAGAAGCUCCUUGAGAUUUUCUGUCGCACUGAUCAGAAAUGUAUAUGUGUGCUGUGUACGGUUAUUGAACAUAAAAACCACGACAUUGUAUCAGCAGCAGACCAGAGGACAGAGAAACAGAAGCAGCUGAAGGAGAUGCAGAAGACGUUCCAGCAGAGAAUCCAGCAGAGAUGUCUGUUGAUUUCCACAGUCACAUUCAACAACAUUGAUCACUGGACCAGGAUGGACUUCCUACAAUAUUCCCAUCAGCUCACUCCGGAUCUGAACACAGUGAAUAAACUCCUCAGACUGUCUAAGAACAACAGAGUGAUUACUUUCACUAACACAGCCCAGUCGUAUCCUGACCAUCCAGACAGAUUUGAUGUAAGGCAGGUGUUGUGUAGCGAGAGUGUGUGUGGACGCUGUUACUGGGAGCUGGAGUGGAGUGGAAGUGUGUUUGGUGGUGUGUGUAUAUCAGUGUCAUAUAAGAGCAUCAGCAGGAAGGGACGGCGUAAUGAGUGUUUGUUUGGGUAUAAUGAUCAGUCCUGGAGUUUGAUCUGCACUCCCUCCAGAUAUUCAUUCAUACACAAUAACAUAGUGACUGUUCUCUCUGUGAAGCCCAUCAGCAGUAGAAUAGGAGUGUAUGAUGAUUAUAUCAGUAGAAUAGGAGUGUUUGUGGAUCACAGUGCAGGAACUCUGUCCUUCUACAGCGUCUCUGACACAAUGAGCCUCAUCCACACAGUCCAGACCACAUUCACUCAGCCGCUCUAUCCUGGGUUUGCUUUUGGUUCUGGAUCAUCAGUGAAACUGUGUUGA